AUGUCUUCCAAAGUUACGUCGACAGACAAGGAGCAAUCACCAGAGUCUCCACCGUCUCGGAUAACGUCACUUCCAGAUGACAUCAUCGUUGAUAUCAUCGCACGUGUACCGAGAGGCAAUUUUCCAAAAAUCUGCCUCGUUUCCAAGAGUUUCCGAUCAAUCAUUGCGUCCUCUGGGCUAUACAAGAGGCGAUCCUUGUUAGGCUUCACUGAACAGUACUGUCUCUAUGCUGUCCUCUAUAACUACGACACCGACGAAUACCGUUCGUAUAUUCUCCGCCGGACAGUCUACAAUAGUAAUCGCUUGGUCAUUAUCCGAUCGUUUCCUUCUAUGCCUUGCAGUGCAAGCUAUCUCACAGUGGGUUCAAAGAUAUAUGUGGUGGACUCAUCGAGUUUUUUAAGCAUCGACUGUAGAACUCACAUGGUGCAGCCCAUCACUCAGAUUCCUAAGCCCAUGUCUGAUAAGGUCUCCGGCAUCGACGGGAAUAUUUACUUAAUUGGAAAUCGGCUGGUGAGUAGGAAUAUGUGGAAGUGGAACAGAGUCGUCAUGGUGUUGAAAACUCAAACGAUGAUAAUGCCAGACUUGGAGCUAUAUACAAUAUGUUCUGAUGCUGUAGUGAUGGAGGAUAAGAUUUACAUGAGAGAUUCUGAGAACAGCUUUGUUUAUAGGCCAAAGGAAAUUAAAUGGGAAAGGGGCGAUAUGCUGAAUUCUAGAGAUUGGAACCAUUGGUGUGCCGUUGGCGAAUGGGAAAGGGACGAUAUGCUGAAUUCUAGAGAUUGGAACCAUGCGUGUGCCGUUGGCGACUUACUGUGCUAUUACGAUGUUUCAGAGAAAAUGUUAAGAGCGUAUGAUACAAAGGAGAGGUGUUGGAGAGUUGUGAAUGGUUUGGAAAAAUCGUUGCCUAGACCAAGUACAUUGUGGUGUAACAUGGUUAGUUACGAUGGGAAAUUGGCUAUGUUCUUUCAUAAGUAUAUAUAUAAUAAGGUCCGUGAUGAUUUAAUAUCGAUUUGGUGUGCGGAGAUUGCUUUGGAGAGACGCCAAGGAGGAGAGAUUUGGGGUACGGUGUUGUGGUAUGAUGCUGUGAUUGAAGGGAGUUUUGCAAUGGUGAAAUGUUUAGCCGUUCCGGUUGGAUGA